UUUCCUUUUUGAAAAGCUUCUCUCUCUCUCUCUAUAUAUAUAUAUAUACAUAUAUACACAUAUCUAUAAGAUAUGUCUGCGAAUCCGAACGAUGAAAGAAAAGGGAAAGUGUCAUUUCCCUUGACAGAAGAGGGUUUAAGAGAGGGUUUCAGGAAGAGUCCUUUCAAAUUUGCCAACACAAAGAUUCCUCAAGGAGGCCUCGGCGACACUGCCGAGAAGCUUUCACCCAUCCAUGAAGAAGCCUUGUUCAAUUCCCCACUCCCUCAUGCAGAUGCCUCUCGCCUCAAAGGAAAGGUUACGAAUCUGUACUAUGAGUACAUACCUCUGAGCCAAGCAAUCAGCAAAGGCAAUCUUGAAGGAGUGAAAAGCUUCCUGAACCAAAGACCCGAUUCUGUGGAUCAAUGGAUAAACUUCUACGAGACUCCGUUGCUGAAAGCUUGUGCUUGUGGACAAGCGGAGAUCGUGAAAGAGCUUCUGAGGAGGAUGACCCCCGAGCAGAUGCUUCCCAAUCUGAGCCGCGGUGUUUCAUACCACACGGCUCUCACCGUUGUCGCGGUCAGCGGAAACUUGGAGAUUGCGAAUGCAUUGGUCACUAAAAACCCUAAAUUGCUCGAGAUUCCGGGGAUCAACGGGAUGAUUCCGGUUGUCGUAGCUGUCGAGAAUACGCAGAAGGAGAUGGCUCGGUAUCUGUACACAAGAACUCCGAUUCAAGUGUUGCUUGAUGAAGAUGGGUAUCAUGGUUCCUUGCUCUUUCUCAACUCCAUCUUCUAUAAAAUGCUCGAUAUAGCGUUGGACCUGUUCGGCAUAAACAGGCGUUUAGCCGUAACAAAACAUCCACUGAUCGAGUCCAUUCCGAUCAUUGUUUUGGCUUCGAAGCCUGAGCUGUUCCCGGGAGGUUGCUGUCUCGGAUGGUGGGAACGCUUCAUCUACUCUUAUGUAAACCCUAAGGUGCCAAUGCUUCCACAAGCAUCUCGUUCAGACAAAGAUCAAGGUACCCUUGUCGGAAAGCUGCUCAGAUAUCUCUGCAAAUGGUCUGGGAUAGAUGAUGUGUGCCAUCUGAAGGUUAUGCAUCUACAAGCGAAGCAGCUUUUACUCGGAAUAGCAGAAGAAACCCUAGCAAUGGGCCUUAAGGAGCGUUCAGAGACAGUGGAGGAAGCGUUACUCUACGCAGUGAGAUACGGGAAUGUAGAUUUCCUCGUCCAGAUGAUCAGUACCAACUCUGAACUUCUCUGGUCGACAAGAACAAGCUCGAGCAGCACUUUGUUUCUGUUGGCUGUUGAGCACAGACAGGAGAAAGUCUUCAGCUUGCUUUAUGGUCUUGACGACAGGAAGUACUUAUUGCUCGCCGACAAGGACAACGACGGAAACGGCGUCCUCCAUCUCGCCGGUUAUCCUUCUCCUCCUUCGAAACUCGCCGGAGUUGUGGGUGCGGCCCUGAAGAUGCAACGAGAGUUGCAAUGGUUCAAGGAAGUGGAAAGGGUAGCUCCGGAGAUAGAGAGAGAGAGGGUGAAUACAGAGGAGCAAAUUCCGAUCGAGAUAUUCACCAAGGAACACGAAACCCUAAGACAAGAAGCGGAGAAAUGGAUGAAAGACACAGCCAUGUCAUGCAGCCUGGUGGCGGCACUCAUCGUCACCGUCACCUUCGCCGCAAUCUUCACCGUUCCCGGCGACUUUGAUGACAAAACCCACCAACCGAACCGCAUAAACGACAUGCAUUUCGUGACUUUCAUCGUCACAGACAUGAUCUCAUGCUUCUCUGCGUGUACAUCCGUGUUGAUCUUCCUCGGAAUCCUGACAGCGAGAUACUCGCUGGAUGACUUCCUCGUGUCAUUACCGACGAAGAUGAUCGCGGGUCUGUCGAUCUUGUUCGUGUCGAUAGCGGCGAUGCUGAUCGCGUUCUCGUCGGCGCUUUUCACGACGCUGAAUCAGUCGUCAUGGAUAGUUGCUCCGGUGAUUCUGGUCGCUUGUCUGCCGGCUCUGUUGUUUGUCCUUCUGCAGUAUCCCAGCUUGAAGGAGAUGAUUGAAUCAACGUACGGUAAAGGAAUCUUCGACAGGAACAUGAAGUGUUGGUCUUGAUGAGUUUGUAUGUUGUCAUUGAUCUCAUAAUAUUUGAACUUGUGGCUUUGCCGAUCAAAGA